GAAAAACCUGCCUCCUAUAAGAACAUGAUCGCAGGCACUGCAUGUGUGAGAGACUCCAGUGUUCCUAAAGUUACAGUGGAAUAUAUCACACAGGUUCACAAUGCUCGGCGUCUGCUUGUGUUUGAGUAUUGUUGUACACUUAGCAGUGUCUCAGGAUGCAGAGGAGCCAAUCACAUACACGUGCACUGAAGGUUAUGAAUUUGACAUUGAGAAACAAAGCUGCAAAGACAUAGAUGAGUGCAAGACAGUUCAAGAAGCCUGCAAAGGGGGCAUGAAAUGCAUUAACCAUUUUGGAGGAUACCUCUGCCUGCCCCACAAUGCUCGAAUAUUUGUCAGUAAUGGCGAGGAUGAGCCUACUACUGCCCCACCAGUGGAACCAGGCGCUGGAGGAGGUGCUCUGCCUGUUAUACCUGCCAUCUCCAGAGGCGAUUACUCAAGAGUCUAUCAAAGUGCAUCACAUUCAAUCCAGUGUGGUGUUGGUUUUAUGGCAGACUCUCAGAACUACUGCAGAGAUGUGAAUGAAUGUGCCAAUGCAAAUCCCUGCCAGCAUCAGUGCUACAAUCUGAUAGGCUCUUUCAUCUGCCAGUGUGAAGUUGGAUUUGAAUUGGCUUCAGAUUCUGUCUCCUGCCAAGAUAUUGAUGAAUGUGAAUUCUCUAACUACAUGUGCCAGUUCCAAUGUGUGAAUCAGCCUGGCGGAUAUAGCUGUGUGUGCCCUGAGGGAUACCAGCUCCAAUCGACACGGAUGUGCCAAGAUAUUAACGAGUGUGAAACGGCACACAACUGCAGAGAUGAUGAAAUGUGUUGGAAUUACUAUGGAGGAUUCCGUUGCUAUCCCAGAAACCCCUGUAGUGAGCCAUACGUGAAAACAGGCGAAGGUCGCUGUAGGUGCCAGUCGCCAAAUGUUUGCCGGGGACUGCCUCCUGUCAUUGUCUACAAGUACAUGAGCAUCUUUUCUGAUCGCUCAGUUCCUGCGGAUAUCUUCCAGAUUCAAGCUACUAGUGUGUACCCCAACAUGGUAAACACUUUCACGAUCAAAUCCGGCAAUGAGGGAGGAGAAUUCUACCUGAGGCGUUCCAGUAAUGUAAGUGCGAUGCUAGUAAUGACCAAGCCUUUGACUGGACCAAGAGAACAUAUUGUGGAUUUGGAGAUGGUCACCCAGAGCAAUGUCUUGAGUUACCGUUCAAGCUCACUGCUAAGACUCACCAUUAUUGUGGGUCCAUACCCUUUUUAAACCAUCUAGAUAAGCCAAAUCAGCACCUUGGUUUUAUCAUUGUACUAUAGCUUACUAUAUUUAAAGUGUUCAACACAGCAUGGUUGCCUAAAUGUGAUCUAGAUCAGUGGUUCUCAACUGGUGGGUCGUGACCCAAAAAUUGGUUGCAGGUCUCUGGAGGAGAAAACGCUUUCCAUAUCUUUUGUUACUGAUGAUCAAAGGCUGUGCGUCCAAUCAAACUCUACAAUGUUUCGCUGCAAAUUCAUGUCUCACAUGGUUGAAGCUAGCCAAAUUAGGCAGAUGACAAAAUGGACAAGUAGUGUGACAUGCCCUCAUUCUCAAAACCUAUGAACAAAACUACAUAAGAUAAAAGAAGAUAUGACCCAUACUGCAUUAAAUAACAGACCAUUUGCAGAAGCCUAUUAUUAAACUUCAGUAUGAUGUUAAGGACAAUUUGGGACAGUGUUAGAUUGCCACUGGAUGUCCUAUGUAAAAUCUGGGUCCUAAAGCAAAACCGGUUGAGAACCACUGGUCCAAAUAGUAUAGAAAUGUGCAGAAUUAUUGCGUUUCUAAAAGGAUUUGGUUUACCAAACAUAAAAAGUUGGUUGUCUGGUAUCUACUGAAGUUUUCCAAUAAUGUGUACUAUUGAAAAUGGAAGACAAAAAUUAUUUGUCUUGGUAGUAAGAGGUUUGCAAGAUUCUGCUGUAUGGAUACUUGUCAGUUUUUAAAGGGAUAGUUUACCCAAAAAAGAAAAAUCAUUUACUUACCUUCAUGGUGUUCAACCCAUAUGACUUUCUUUCUUCCAUACAACACAAAAGAAGAAUUUAAGCAGAAUAUUCUCGCUUCUCUUUUCAUAAAUGGGUAUCUGGGGGUAUGCAAUAAAAAAAUAAAAUAAAAUAAAAAAUCCAGCCUGGUCUCAUGAACUUUAUGUGACCAUGGUAAUAUUUUUGCAAAACAAAAUUACGUGCCUUAUACGUUUGGCUGCAGUUUCCCAGUGAAGUGUCCAGCAGGGGGCACCAUAAGUGAGUGAAAUGGUGUCGUAAUCAGACAAGGUUUUUUAGCUGACAAUUAAAUGGAGGUUUUAAUGAGUAAAAUGUACCUCACCAACCUAAAACUUUAACCUAAACCUAACCGACAGUGAUCUAAAAUCAAAAAGAGAAAUGAAAAGCAUAUUUUCUGAAGCAACCACGUCAUUUUGUGUCGCCUCUAUGAGCUACCACAGAAGUUAAUCACAUAGUGUGUAAAUGUUUGUCUGUAAUACAAAUGUUAAAGUAUAUUGUUUUUCAAAUAGUAAGUGUUUUGAUAUCAUAACAACAGUGUGUGAUUGAUAGAAUGAAGAAUAAGUGUUUAUAAAGUGAUUAUCAGCCACUGUAGUCGUGAUCUGUGUGAAAGUGAAUAAAAUGCACAGUUGUUGCAGCGCCUCUAGUUUUAAUUUCACCAGGAUACUGAGACGAAAUGUAGAAUGCGGUACGUAAAAGUCAGUUUGCAAAAGUGUAGUUAUAGUAACGUUCAUUCUAUGAGACUAGGUUAAAAAAAUCGUAUUGCAUUUUUGUGUUUGCAUAAAUUAUAGAUGAAAGCGCCAGUUAUUUAUUUAUUCCUUUUUUUAAAUGUAUUAUUUAUUCACCUCCAUGAUUUCUGUGCUGUUCUCUCACUGGUACCAUUUUUACGCACUGCACUCUGAUUAGCGAGAUCUCGUCAGUGUACAAAAGAUGUGCAUCGGUCAGAUUGGCGAUUUAAACCACAGAAUUCUGGAUAAAAAUAAUAUUAAAAAUAACAUUGCGGCAGGUUAGAAACUGCUCAUGCUCAUGUCGCGAUUUUAUUCCAUUUGCGAUUAAGUGCGCAGCCCUAGUGCUGUUGAGUUCCAAAAAUAACAAAAACCACCAUAGAAGUAUAAUAAAAUUAUUCCAAACGAUUAAUGAGAUUUGAAAGCUGCGGUUGAGAGUAAGAUUUUCAGUGAAUAACGCCUUCAGUUUUUGUCUGUUCCUCUCAGAAAGUUAUUUCGGAAGGCUUCAGAAGAUUUCUGUGACAUUUUAUGGUGCUAUUUUUUCAUUUUCUAAGCUUGCCAGCUGUAUUCACUGUAAUCAUUUGGAAAAGAGCAACACUCUGCUCCUCCUUUUGUGUUCGGCAGAAGAAAGAAAGUCAUGCAGGCUCGGAACAAUAUGAGGGUGAGUAAACGAUGACAGAAUGUUCAUUUUUGGUGAACAAACCCUUUGAAUCCGUUGAUCCAUCAAAGCUUCACGUUUCUCGUUCAUGGAACCAUGUAAAUAACACAAUGCAGCUAUCGAAAGUAUUCAUAGAUUCAUUACUAGGACUCCCUUUACUUCUUAGCAGGGGGAAAAGUGUUUUAUAGGUGGAACAUGAGGAUAAAGCAAACAGAGCUCUGCAGAGUCUUAGGUGGAACAGUUUGUGUCGCAAUCUAAAGGCAUCCUGAGCUAAUGGAAAUAUCUGAAUGCGUCCUCCGCCUCACAAAUACUGCAGAAAUGACCUCCUAUCCUAUGAGAAUAAGGCAAUAAUGUUUUGGAAACAGAAGUGAUGUUUUCAGGAAAUUGCUGGCAAGGGUUUUGGGUCGCAUAAGCAAUGGAACUGUUGCCUAACAUGGCUGUAUGGUUGCCAGAGCACCGUUUGAUCUGUGACAAACACUGUUACUUAAACUGUUGCGUCACGCCCUGUACCCCAAGAGAUGUGCUUGUGGGAGAGGCCCAAAUGGUUUGAGCACUACCACGUUGUAUGAAAUUAUUUUGGCAAGUGAAUUUUAUGUUGGCUGCAUCAAGAUUUAAGUAUUUCAAUGCAAUAUGGAGGCUUACAGAGCCAAUAUAUAUGUUGUCAUUAUGUAUUUUCCUAUGAUUGAUUCGCUGAAUUUGAUUCACGCAUGGUGAAUGCUCCGUCAUCAUUUUUCUCUUAUUGAGAUCAUAUUUGCUUAUACUGAUUUUCUCUCCUCCACAAGGUCAAGACAUGUAUGAGGCGUGUCUUUUGAUCAUAUUUUUACCUUCGAUUAAAAAUAUUCUGUAUUUUCAGUCUGCUCUCAAGUUGCACUUUUUUUUCUUUUUUUUUUUUUACUUGUCCUUUGUGCCAUUUAUUCUGCUGUACAAUUUUUGGAAUUAAAAAUGAUUUCAAUAACAA